AUGGGAGCCUCCUCCGUAGAAGUUGAAGGGGUGAAACACGAGAAGAAUGAAGCUGAGUACAAUACGAAUGAGAGCUCGUUGGCCAAUUUCAAUUCAAAGGCACUCAAUGCAAUUUUUGGCACGGUCGAUGAGAACAUGUUUUGCUUAAUUAGCACGUGCACUACUGCCAAACAUGCAUGGGACACCUUGCAACAUCAUUGUGAGGGUUCGAAGGGUGUUUGUCAAAUGAGGCUACGACUCCUUGCAGCAAAAUUUGAGACAAUUCGGAUUCUCGAAAAUGAGAAUAUCUCGUCAUACACGGCCAAGUUGAUGAAUAUUGCGAAUGAGUGUUACUCUCUUGGAGAAUCGAUCUCGAAUGAAAAGCUCGUGGUGAAAGUGAUGAGAUCUCUUCCAAAGCGCUUCAACAUGAUGAUCACGGCACUUGAUGUCUCGAAGGAUGUGACAACCAUUAGAUUCGAUGACCUUGUUGGCACUCUCAAGACGUUCGAGAUGAAUCUUGAGAGCAGUGAUGCUCCAGAUGUCGUCCCAGAUGUUGCCCCAAAUGUCAUGAUACCUGACACGACACCAGACACAGCAUCUGAGGCGACACAUAUCUCCGACGAGCAGAUUAUCAUUCUCGAGGCUGAGACACGAUCUGAUGUGAAUGUUACUGACCGGGGAAGAGUAGUUCGAUAA